AUGGAAGGUGAUAGUUCAAGUACCGUAGCACCAGUAUUAGUAGUAACUGAAAAUAAUAAUGAACAACAAAAACAAUUAAAAAGAAAUCAUCCAGAAGAAGAAGCAGCAAACAACACUGAUGAAAAGAAAGUAGUAGAUGAUCUAAAAGAUACAACAACAGCAACAGUAGUAGGAGGAGUAGUAGAUGAACAAAAAGUAGAUAUUACAAAGGGUAGAAACUAUCAUGAUAAAGAAGCAUUCAUUCAACAAGGUAGAAUCAAAAGAUUAAAACACGAUGAAAAGUUUAAAAGUUCACCAACAUCAUCGGUUAGUCAAGAAAAGAGAGAUAUCGAUAGAGAACGUUCAUUAAAGUACAAGAAUGAAGAGAUGGAGAAACACAUCCAACUGUGUAACGCAUUCUACAAUGAAAACAAAGAGGUGGUCGACAAGAAUUCAUCGUCAGAGACAAAACGACAAAAGACACCAGUUGCUAUGCUCUUUAGUUAUGUUGGUACCGGUCACUUUGGUCUAGAGUACACCUAUGAAGAAAAGUAUCCUGCAUUAGAGAAUUAUUUGGAAAAGGCUCUCUUUCUCUCUGGUAUGAUCCUUCCAACCAACUUUGGUGAUGUCACUCGUAUCAAAUGGUCUCGAUCAAGUAGAACCGACAAGGGUGUACACUCGCUAUCAACCAUCAUCGGUGCAUCCAUUCUCAUCAAUCGUGAAAAGAUCCAAACCAAAGAAGGUGUGCGUGCCUAUAUCGAUCAAAUCAAUUCUUAUCUUCCACCAACUCUUCACAUUGUCUCAAUGGCCACCACCUCUAGAUCAUUCAUGCCAAGACGUCAAACUUCAAGUCGUACCUAUCACUAUGUAUUGCCAAAGAAAUUCCUUGGCAAUCAAUUCACAUUGCAAGAAAUCAAUGAAAAGAUACUUUCACUAUUCAUCGGUACAAAUAGUUAUCACAACUUUACUACUCUUAGAAAAACUUAUUCUUCAAUUUUAAUUAAUCAACAACAACAACAACAACAACAAAAUCAAAAUAAUCAAAAUAAUAAGAAUAAUAAUAAGAAUAAUAAUAAGAAUAAUAAGAAAAAGAAGAAAAAUAGAGGUAAAAAUAAUCAAAGUGAUGAUGAAGAUGAUGAAAGUGAAGAAGAAGAAGAAGAAGAGGAAGAAUUGGAGGAAGAAAAAGUAAAAGAACAACAACAACAACAAAAAAAGGUUAUAAAUAGAGUUGAUGAAAUGAAUUUUUACAAGACAAAUGUAAAGAAUUGUAGAAAGAUACAUUCCUUUACAAUUGGCGAAACAUUUUUGGUAGAAUCAAAUGAUCAACAACAAGAGGAAUGGGUCAAAUUUAUGAUUGAAGGUGAAUCUUUUAUUCAAUAUCAAAUCAGAAAGAUGGUUGGUUUUGUUUUGGCUGUUUGUCAUGGUUUGGUUGAUGUUAAAAUAUUAGAGAUUGCAUUAAAGGGACCAUUCUCGAUCAAUUCACCAAUUGCUCCACCCGAUACAUUGUAUCUCUACGAUUGUCGUGUCAAUGAACGCAAAUCAGAUGUCCUAUACAAUGUAUUUUCAAUGGAAACCAAAGAAGAAAUACAAAAAGAUAAGAAUUUAUUUUGUUCGAAACAACUGUAUCCACACUUGAACCAAUUAAACAAUCAAAAGAAAUUCUUUGAAUCUUUUAUCGAAAAGGCUUUACCAUCACAUUACUUUAGCACAGAGGAAGAAAACUUAGAUGACCUCAACAAACUUUUCCUUCAAUCAAGAGAAAUUAGAGAACAAAAAAUAGCUUUUAUGAGACAAAGAGAAAAAUUACUUCAAGAAGAAGAAGAAGGCCAACAAUAA